AUGUCGCACAAUAUCCUUGUUACCGGCGCAUCCGGAUACCUCGGGGGAACGCUCCUCGCCCGAUGGGCCAGCGCCAAGCUCCCUACAUACCAGAGGCACUUCGCUCUCGUACGCACGGACGAACAAAGCGAGGCAGUCAAGAAAUAUGGCGCAGAACCGAUCAAAUUCAAUAUUAAAGAUCAAGCCAGCGUGCAGAUGAUCAAAGCCCUGGCAGAAGUGAAGAAACAAACUGGACAGGAUGUACACUUUCUCCAUACCUCUGGCGCAAAGCUAUUCAGUAGCCAUGCAGGUCUUCCGACAAAUUCUCCGAUCCCCGAUAAUGAUCCAGCUCUCUAUUACCUCUCGAAAAUUACCUAUGCUCGGUACUUAUUUGUUGAAAAGGCAGUGAUGGCCAAUAAUACAAUCAUCGAAACUGCAUUGGAAUAUGAUGUGAAGAGCUACUUAUUUGUGCCAUGUGUUGUAUAUGGCAAGGGCGAAGGAUUUGGAAAUAAAACCUCCAUUCAAACGGUCGCUAUAGUAAAUGCGGCCAAAAAACUUCGACGAGUUUGCCGACCCGACCCUGGUUAUUAUACCUGGCCUGUGAGCCAUGUCAGUGACACCGCAGGGUUAUACCUGGAAAUCAUUUGGAGCAGCUUGUCUGGUAAGGAAAUAGACCAUGGCAUAAAUGGGUACUAUCUUGCCUCUAGUGGCAACGUGUCUUGGAACAGUCUUUACACCGCGAUGGCCAAGCGCCUUGCUGCACAAAAUAUUAUCGACAAUGACAAGGUUGCGCUAGCUGAUGACCAAGCCUUGGAAAGCAUGGGAGCAGCGCUUGGAUGCCCCAAGGACAUGGUUUCAUUGUUUCUGGGUGGAAAAUGCACAUUGCAAGCCAAGCAUGGCCGGGAGAUUGGGUGGACUCCUCAAUAUUCAGCGGAGCAUAUCCUGGAAAUGGCGGAUGCAGAAGUUGAUUUGAUCCUUCAAAACCCAUGA